GCUGCAGGAACUAUAUCACAAUUGUUACCAACAUUUGGCGUUCUAAAUUACAACGGAACCUCUAAGGUAUAUUUUAACCAUCAAGUUACUGACGAAGGAAGCAGUAAGGAUAGUCCAUGCAGUAAGAAUCUUUGUUCCGCUUACAAAAUUGGUGAAACGUUGUAUUUCCAUGCGAUUCCCGGCAAACCGAAAACUGCAUUUGAGUGGCAAGCAGUUAGAGUGUCGAGACAGCCUUUAGAACCCACAACGCUGCUCCCCAACGGCACCAGCAAGUCAGACGACUCCUCGGUCGACUCAAUUCUGUUGUCGCUUGUCAGGAAAAUAUUAAAGGUACACGGUUCUAUAUCCGUACACAGGAUGAAGGAGCUCACAGGAAGUGUCACCGCGGGCAAGUCAAUUUCCAUGACGGACUUUGUGAGGUCGCACUCGGAUGAGUUCCUCCUGGAGGGCGAUCUAGUGAUUUCAGCCAAAGAGCCGCAGCGAUUUGACGUGGCACGCAUAUGGCGUCCUAGUAGCAAGAAACGAGGCACUUGUUCGGCCACUAACAGCGUGUGCAGCGGCGAUUUCCCACCUCUGGGCAAACACACGACUCUGGUGAAACACACCGACACUGUCCCAGCCUCAUCAAACGACGCAGCCUUCCUGAUGUGUAAAGAGGGGCUCGUGGAUGUUGCUUCCGACCAGGACGUGCGGGACAUCAUGAAUGCGCGGCAAGAGCUAGACAGGUGCCUGCACACGUUGGACGAUGCCAUGGCAACGAUGCAGACGGAGCGCGCGAGUGUUCCGGCAGCCGGCAGCAGCAGCAGUGAAGGAGAGCAGGUGCUGAGCAGUAAGCAUGGACAGCUGGUGGCGACGCUCGACUGUUUUGGCUUCAUCGGCUACGAUUCAUCGUUGGUCUACUUCAACAAGGAGAGCCUGCAUCCGCCAGCGAACUGCGACACGCUACGUCGUUAUCUCACCAACAACGAGAUCCUCAACUUUGAUGCCAAGCUGGCACCACCAGGUUGCGACACACGCUGGAUAGCGACCAGGGUAUGGCGUCAGGCCAACAGUGUCACGCCGGUGGACGAUGGCUGUGCCGUUGGUAAGCACUGCUAGUCAAACUAUGUCGACCGGAGAUGUUAAUAUUU